AAUCUUUCUCUUCACCGUGGACGAUGUCGCCCAGGGCAUGUCCAGCAACCACCACUCACCUAUAACAUUCUUUUCCAUCGUGCAUCUUACUCUUUUCCCUUGACGACACCGCUAUAGGUCACAGCCACACGACUCGAGAACAACAAUAGACCUUGCGGGACGCAAUUUCCCGAUUGCAUUUCACUCCAUUCCCUUCAGGUCGCCCUUCAUGUUUUUCUCAGUCGCCAGGCUGCGACUCCCUUUACUUGCCCUCGCUUUCUUCCAAAUUUCCUCCACUCAAGCUCGCGAGCGAUCGUUAUUCACGUCUUCAGUAUCUUAUUGCGCACCUCCGGAAAGUCUUCUAGUCCAGCAGUUCGACAUCGCCUACAUUGAGAAGAAUUCAUCAGUUUCAUUCAAUGUUUCUAUCGCCAGUGUCAUCCGCAACACUAAUGUCACCGCCAAUCUUCUGGUCAAUGUCUAUGGCAUGCAACCCCUCAAUCUCACCCUCGAGCUCUGCUCCGUCUUCGGUGGCGCUCUUUGUCCGCUACCCACAUACAACUUUACGGGUUCGGAUUCAAUAACUCUUCCUCCCUCUGUUCGGGACCAGGUCACCUCGAAGAUCCCUGGCAUUGCAUACCAAAUUCCUGAUCUCGAAGCCUUCGCUCAGCUCACCCUCACCGACAGUUCAAGCGGGAAGCUUCGCGCGUGCAUUCAGUCUACUCUUUCGAAUGGCUGGUCUGCCCGUCAAAUGGCAGUCGAAUGGUCUACGGGAGGCAUUGGUCUCCUGGCGUUCCUUUCCGCAGUAUGGCACUCAUACAUUCCCCACUCCUUGGCGCCAAUAAGGCUUCUGGAUGUGAUGUUCCUCUUCCAAGCCAUCGCUGUCUCUGGGCUGUGGAGCCUUAAUUAUCCCCUGGUUUACCAAGCAUUCACCCAGAACUUCUCAUGGGCAUUGGGCCUCUUCCCAGUGUCCAACGAUUCGCCCAUGCAGCGGUCUAUUGACCACAUGCGCCAACUUACGGGAGGAAAGUUUGAGAACGCCGGCGGUGGUAGCGCUAUUUCAUUAGUCAACCGGAGGAUCAGCCCGUACAAUCAACCCGCUGCUCGUUCGUUCAUCGCUCGUGCCGUAGAUGGAGCGACGGCAGCGGAUGUUCCUCAAACCGCGUCGAACAGUUCCUUGGCAGGCAGCAACUUCCUCGUAGGCGGUGAUGUUGUCACUGUUACCCAGAAUUCGCCAAAUGUCCUUCAAGCUGGACUUCCAAUCUACGUCACCAGCGUCGGUAUCGAUACUCCCAAUGCCUUCAUGACAAUAUUCCUCACUAACCUAAUUAUCCUUGUAAUCUGCGUGGCCGCGCUUGGACUGGGCUACCUUUGUCUCCUUGCCCUGCGCCGCACUUCUUGGGCCAAGCAAAGAGAAGACAAACUAGAUUCAGCUAUUGCUGCAUAUCCGACAUUUGCGCGGGCUUGGGGGCUCCGCAUUGUCCUUAUCAUUCUCACCCCCGUGCUUGUCUUCACGUUCUACCAAUGGACGCUGAAAGAUUCAUGGCUAUCCAUUCUCCUUUCGGUCAUCCUCCUUCUCGCUAUCGCAGCUGCCCUCGGUUUCGCGCUGUACACUCUCUACCGCCGACGAUCAGACCCAGACAUUUCAUCGCAUCACUCGUCCAUCGAACCAUUGGUAGCUCCUUAUAGGCCUCAGCGGUUCUACUAUGGUAGCAUAGUGCUACUUGCGAUGUUCGUCAAGGCGCUUGUUACUGCCUUCGCUAAAGGUCAGGGGAAAGUGCAAGCUAUCCUCAUCCUCGUUGUUGAAGGCCUUUUCUUCGGCGUUCUCGUCGUCAUGAAGCCUCAUCGUACUCGUGGCGCAGAUGUAUUUGCGGGCUACCUUUCGUUAACUCGCACGGCAUGCACCGGACUUACCAUUGCAUUCUCUCAAUCUUUGGCGUUGGCACCAAUUCCGCGAGUCGUCAUCGGAAUUGUCAUCGCAGUGAUAUUCUCAAUAUCCGUGGUAGUCAUGUUCCUGAACAUCGUCUACAAUCUCGUAUUGUGGAUAUGGGCUCGAGGCAGGUCACGCAAGGAAGGCACUACUGUCUUACCCAGUAGAGCAUCCUCGUCCGCUGCCUCGGUGGAAAAUGGACAAGAUAAGAAGGAUGAAGAGAAACUCCCAACUGCCAGUGUCACGCCAGCAUCCUCUUCACAUUUCUAUGCAAGACCGGGGAACCCUGCACCUUCGCAUACACCAACGACAGCGUCAUGGCGCAGUCCACCACUAAGCGCCGUGAGCCAAAUGAGCGAACGGCCUAGUCAAUAUUCGGGGACUACAGCAUCGUCGACGUUGGGAGAGACGCUUCCUCGGCGAUGGUCUUUCCAACAUUCAAGACCGCCAUCAGGUUCCGUAGAAUCAUCACACGCUACCCUUAGCUAUGUGACCAGCCCAUCCGCACCUGUGUCGAUGUAUACAAAUCCACGACAUAGUAGACAACCCUCGUCACCGUCAGAUCGUUACAGCCAAGAAGCAGACAGUCACAUUCGAUGAUGAACAGACAAUUGGACUUCGGCAUUGGAACUAUUUCAUUGGGACAGCUUGUGUGCAUUGUUGCUUUUUCGCGAUUCCUUUGUCAUUCACCUUUCAACGCAUCCACAUCCACUUUGCACGGGCGCCGAUUAAUUCGCAUCUGACUGUGCACCGAAACUCUUUAGCAUUUCCUCGCAAUCACUCCUGCAUCCUGGAUCGGCCCUCUGCAAUUGGUUAUCUUGCAUAUUUCAUGGUAGACCAGUACAUCCACACACUAUCAUUUUUUAUUGUAGACCCAUAGAUUUCCUUCUUUCGUAGCAUACUUAUCCCAUGUACAUUACUGAACCUCCCCGCACAAUUAUCCAAACGUCUUCUCUCUACU